AUGUAUUAUCAUGGGUCUCGAUUUUUACAUGCAGGUACAAGCGGCCUAUUCACAAAUGAGCGACGCUGGAAGGACGACGCUGUGUUCGAAGCACUGGGAACCACCGACGAACUUAACUCUUCGGUCGGGUACGCUUUUUGCGUUGUAGGAACGUAUUUUGAUAUCCAGUGCUGCCUCCAAGACGUCGCAUCCAAUGUUGCAACUCCUCACAGUAGUGCCAAGAAGGCCCAUCUGGAUCUGCUAGAUUAUUGGAUAGAUCUCUACGCGAACCGGAUUCCGCCACUGACUAAAUUUAUUCUUCCGGGAGGAAACCUGCUCUCGUCGUGCCUUCAUCAAGCGAGAUGCAUUUGUCGGCGGGCGGAACGCACGUUCACUCCACUGAUCCGGGCGGAAGAGGUAGACCCAGUAGUUCUUCAGUACUUAAUAGUCGGACGCUAG